AUGCUGGAUGACAACAAUGGCGUCUGUGACUUCAGUACAGCAAACCAGCAACAGCCAUAUUUCAUAUCAUCCACACAAGAACAACAACUGUCAGAAAGAGCACACCAAACUUUACAAAAGUAUGGUAUACACCUGUGAACAAGAUGCAGCCUUUCAAAAACUUGACAAUUAACAGUACUAUGAAAAAUAAUGCAUGGAUUGGUGGAAACUUUACUGGAUAUCUACACAUCUCUUGUUUAAUAUUAAAAUUCUUGAAUGGCUGUAUCUCAUUCAAUAUUUGCUAGCCUGUGAAUACAGGGCAGUUUGUGGGAGAGACACCUGUGAUUCAGUAAUUCAGUCCCAAACAUUUUAUGCUGAUGACGUAGACUUGUCCUGAAUCUGGUCAAUGACAGCUACUGGUAAUUGGUCAAUUUACAUGUAGUAAAUUGUAUUCUUUUAGCAUUUGUUUACAAAUAAUAGGCCACAAAAAUGUUAAUGUCAGGAAUCUACUCAAAAACAGUCAUUAUUUUGUGGAAUAUACUAUAUUCUUCUUUGAACCUCUGUAGGGGUAUUUCUGAUGACAAUCCCCAUUGAUGAAGAGACAAUCUUAUUUUUUGUUAUUAUUAUUGCUCGGAGCAACAAUCACAUUGCCUCUUUCAAUAAGUUUGACAAUGUUAGUCAUGCAAUGACAGCAUUGAAACUGGUCAAAAAGUGUGCUGCACGUUCAGAGUUUUUGUUUUGCUUAUUUUCUCGUUUCCGUCAUAGUUGCAGUUGCCCUGAGUGUGCAAGUCGUGUUAGUGGUAUCAUCAUGAAAACUUUUUCUUGAAGUCCAUCAAAGUUACGACUUCCGUGCAAAAACCAACAUCAAAUUUACAUCUGCAGGUUAACUCAUAGUCUAGACCUGCCUUUAAUAGAGCUGCACCAGUUCCAAACAAGGUUUGUGAUUGGCUGGGAAAACAAUAGGGAUGGUGACAUAACAAUACCCCUAUCCCUGAAAACAAUAGGUAGUGAGGGUUAUAGGAAUUAAAGUUUUGAAUUCUUCUGUGAAGGAACUGGCAAACUCACGUGCUUCUUGUAAAGAAGAGCCUCUGUAACGAUACUAUACGGACUCGUACCCAGGCCCCCACAAUAUGAUUCCGGUGUCACAGCGUUUUGGGCAUCCCCGCGUUUUGGGCAUCCCCAUUCCCAUAUCCCUAGCGUUUUUGGUAUCCCCUUCUCAUAUUACUGCAGCGUUUUGGGCAUCCCCCGGUACCCUCCCGGGAUGCCCAAAUCCCUAGCGUUUUGGGCAUCCCCUCCAAAACAAUUUGGGAUUUCGCGGGAAAAUCGAAAACCUUUUAGAGAUGGAUUCCGCUAAAUAUGCAAAUCUGUUCGGUAUCUUAAAAAUAAGGUUUAUCCGAAGGCUUUACAAAGCAGGACAAAACAAUUCUUAGAAAAUUCGCAAAAAGUUUGAGUAUGACUCAAAAUUAGAGUCCUUGUUCAACGUGGCCAAGGAGAAGGAUGGCACAGCGCGCUUGACGUCUUGUUAUCGCCGAGGAAGAUAAAGCGAGGGUCUUCAAGAGUGCCACUCUGCUCCUUUUUCUGGACACACCGGCCGCGAUAACACUCUAAGGAAAAUCAAAGAGCGGUUUUACUGGCCUGAAUACUACAAGGACACGAUAGAAAUGGUUGCAGUGUAGUUACAAAUGUUAUUUAUUUGCCAAUUGAUCGUGUUUUUGAAACACCCGCGUUGAUAAUCGAAAACAUACGCUAAAUUUCUUCUGUUUUCAGUGAAAUUUGAAAGGGUGAGGCAUAAUUGCAUCUUUUGGUAGGUUGUCAAAGGGCAUUGUAAACCGGAGUCCUUCUUAUAGAUCCCGUUUGUUAUUAUUUUAUGUGAAGCCAAAGAUCAGAGGUUAUAUUUCUGAAGGGUCAAGAUGACAGAUUUUCUGUCAGUUAACCUAAGUGUGGCCUUGAACAUCCAUUUAUGUCACGCCCGCUGUCACGCCUGCGGCGCCAAGCACAACAUCUCUUCUAGUGACCAUCAUUGGAGCAUCCAUUUAUCAUAACUACAUAACUACAGGAUUUUUUUUCUAGACAUGCCUUUCCCUUGCACUGGUUUUUUUGGGGGAAUUGUCACCCCACCUCCGGUUAUUUCUGAUGAUUUGAGGCCUCUGUAAUUGUGUGACAGCCUUUCCUGUAUCAAGUAGCGCUGCGGGGUUAAGUUGUACAGGCCUCAAAUGUCAUGAAUACUAUGAAUGCAACACCGCAAAAACGCAGUUUUAUUCAUGUUUACCUUUUGAUUCCUUUGUUUAGAAUUCUUGUUUUUGGCUGUUUGAAGCAGGCGAUCGCAGCUGCCGGCGAUUGCGGCAUUGCUCGCUUGUAAACAGUUCUAUUAAAUAAAAUUGAAAGCUUUGCAAACAAUGAAGUGUUGUGCAUCGAAGCGAUGUUAUGCGGUUGUAAAUUUCAGUUUCGUCAUGUUUUGAGCCAACGUUUACUGCCUAUGGGUUUUUUUCUGCGCAAUUAACCCGGCAAAAAGUGUCGGACGAUAUAAUUCUAACAUGCAUCUACACUAUUUAGCCGUAAAUUCGUGAUUAACAAUCCCGACUUUUCCCCAGUCUGAAAUAAUUUAGGCAAAGUCGAAGUGAUCAGCGUUUUGGGCAUCCCCCACCGGGGAUGCCCAAAACGCUAGGGAUAUGGGAAUGGGGAUGCCCAAAACGCGGGGAUGCCCAAAACGCUGUGACACCGGCAAUGAUCUACCACCUACACCCACUAUGCAGCCCCUUUUAAAUAUCUCACAAUGGAAAAUCCAUUCCAUGCUUACAUAAUAAAGGGAAAAUUAUCAUCACAAUUCUAAAUCCCCUGACUUACAGUUUCCGGCUGGAGCUGAAGUGUCCAACAAGGUUGUCAUCGAUCGCGAACAAACCGGUUUUCUUCGCCGUUCUGGAUGCCAUUUCAUUAGAUGACCUGUGGGUAAAACAGAAGUUUCAACGGCUUGGAUAUCGGUGAAUGCGUUUUAACUUAGUCUAGGGACGUUUUUUUUUCCCCGACACAUAGCCUUAACCGUUGCUACGCCAACCAUUUCGAGAGCUCGCGCACGGUGUGAAGUGACAAAAAAAUCCUGCUUAGCUCAGAUGUUCUUACCUUUUUAAUGCCAAAAGCAGAUAGAUUUACAAUUUGCCGAGAAAAUCAUUUUGAUUUCCUCUCUUCCUCAAUUGCCGGCAGAAAUUACAUGUACCGUAUCAUCAUCUACCAUCUGCAAGUCCGCCAUUUUUUCUAAUCACUUGCCUACAACCAUAUUUGGUAAAGGUGAAAUACAGUUCCAAUCUUUUACGCGGUUAGACGGUGAAGCCUGGUGGAAACUGCACUGCCCUCGAGCACUUGGAAAAUAUCAAUUGUUAAGUAUCCACUGCAACCAUUUGCGUCACUUAUGUGGUGGAAAAAGUUCCGGGGUUUUUAAUUACUGUUUUUGCUCUCCGAUAUGGCUUCAAAGGAAGGUGCGUUUCAUUGAUUUAAUUAUAUUUCGCGAGAGAUGCAAGCUUAGCUGAAGCUUCUAUUCAUUUGAAAAUGAGGGUAAGCCAAGCUUUAUAUUCAGUUUUUAUAUUUCGUUUAUUUUCAGAUAAACCUCCAUCAGAAAAUCAAGAUGAAGGAAGUAUUGGAGAUUCGGGUGAACAUCAAAGCGAUGAGAGUAGGUUCCGUUCACAAGUUAAAAAUAAAAAAAAAAAAAGAUACUUGUCGUUAGUUCGCAACACGUUCGUGACAUGUUAUUUUCUGUAAGCCAUCGAAAAUAAAGUAAGAUUUCCGUAUAACCCUAUAUAUAUUAAUUAUGCAUGCAGCAACUUCAUUCCUUUUCUCACAAACAGUUUUAAGGGACAGGUUCAUGGUGAAGCGCAUGCUCAUUAAUUUAAUUACUUUUUUCCAAUUAAUUAUUAAUUCUAUAGGUUAAUUAUCCCAUUCACAUGUAUCUCAGUGAUCUCAGAGUGUAUUUCAAAGUAGAAUUGAAUUUCAGAGUAACUUGAAGUAGGAUGGAGGAGUACUAAAAUCACCAAAAAAAUAAGUGGAUUAUGCCAACACUACCAACAUUGAAUUUAUUGUUGAUCUGAAGGUUUUAUUCCAUGGUUGAUUAAUUUACAGCUAUUUGCAAAUAUUCAAGUUGAUCAAGUGCGAGUGACUGCCAGGGAAGUGUUCAGAUUGGAUCUUUGACAACAUUAUGACAUGGUCAUUUUGCUUGCAUAGAUGAUACAGCAUGUCCCGGCAGAAAAAUAGCAUUUUGAUAAAUGAGCAUGCGCUGAACUGUGAACCUGUCCCUUUAACAUGAAUAGAGUCGAAACAUGUAUGCAUAAUAAAUGUAUGGGGUUAUACAGAAAUCUUACCGAAACUAUUUCCUUAAUCCCACUAGAAAAAAAAAGUAUAUUUCUCAUUCUUUUCAGCUGGCCAAUAGGCAGCGAGCCUAGUAUUUAGGUAGCAAGUUUGACAAGUUGCAAAACCGGUGUAAAGAUUGUUAGAAUAAUUGCAGUCAACUCGCUUGUAAGCGACCACCCUUUGUGCGCAACAAAGUGUUACUUACAAGAGGUGGUUGUCUAUGGGAAAAAUCAAGAAAAUAAACUCAAACUGAUCUGAACAUUGUUAAGUGAUAGCCUUACAAGCUAACAUUAGUCAAAUAGAUAACUGGCAACAAUGUUCACAUCGGAUAGCACUUGGAACUGUUGAAGCUUUGUACAUAACAUUUUGCAUCAACAAUCCACUUUUUUAUCCAUAUAGAUCAUAUAACAGCCAUCUUUUUUGUAAGUCAACUGCUAUAAUCUUUCAGCACACGUGGUUAGUGCUUUCAUAAACUGAACUUUUGUGACAUUCAAGAAAUGGUUCUCUUACAAUGAAUGAUAUGUGAUCUUGCCAGGUGGUCACUUACCGGAAACAGAAAACAAAAGAGUACAUUAAAUGUCUGGCCUUAAACAGUAUUUGACUGAGAAAAAAAACAGUUAUUUGGUCACUUACAGGAGGGGUUGAUUACAAGAAGUGGUCACUAUGAGAGAGUUGACUGAAUGUUAGGUGUACCACACACUGAUUACCACUACAUGUAGUUUAGUGUUGGCGUCUGUACGAGUGGCAGAUAAAGUGAUGCUUCCACAAAGCAAGGAUUAACCUUUCUGCUGUGCUGGCCUGAACAAACAUUUACCCAAUCUUUACCCAAUGAUCUUGCCUAUUGCCAAGGCUAAACUGUGUUUAGUGAACUGAUCAGAAAAGGAAACAUGCUCAAGUAGCAAGUAUGGCCUCCAUAAAUUAUGUCUUGUCAUAGCGAAACAUUAAUCAUUGGGCAUGACAGGACAUCAAUAAUCUUGGUUUUAUUCCAAAAGAAAAUCGACCAAAUUUUGUGGCCAGCACAAAUUCAAGGAAAAACCUUUUCUUUUUUAAUAAUCGUUGCAUUAUAUAAUUCUCUGAAUUAAGAAUUAAUUUUAUUUGUUUAGAAAACCAAGAUGAUAGCAGUGCUGAAGCCUCAGGAGGAAAGCCAAAAGAUGGGAGUAAGUUUCUUUAGAUUGCUGUUUUUCAUUUCAGUAUGUCAAACUUUUGAGCCAUAAUUGGCUCAGUUGGCUGAACACAGUUUUGGCAGUUUGUGAGUAUAUGUCACUUACCAAGUCAUGGCAAGAGAAGAUUGCAGCUCACGAGCUGAAACUUGGCAAGUGAAAAAUAUACUGAUGAAAGAUUUUGAUUGACAGGUAAAAUGUGACUUUUUUGUAGUUUCCAUGGCAACAUGAACUAUUGAAUACAAGCUUAAAAUUUCACUUUUGCUCAGUUUACAGAAAAAUCACUCAUUACAUGUUCCUGUAAACUUGCACACAGCUUACAUCACCAUUUGAAACUUAAUUGACCAAAUUUUAACAAAGGGGAUUUAAAUAAUCAAUAACAUAAUUGUGCUGUAAUUAUUAAACGUGUCAUAAAAAUCGUCUGUUCAACAUCCAUUUUAAAAUUCUCAUUAUUUAAAAUACGAUAAAAGUAAAAAUUUUGCCAAAUAUCACAAAAUUUUAAUGAUUAGAUUUUGAGAAAUCGUCUUCUGUGUACCAUUGCUUUUUCGCCGCCAUGUUUGUUUGUGUAAGUAAAAACACUCACCGUCACACGAGUUACUGCUGACUGCCUGCGAAACUGUGUUCAGCCACCUUAAGUCACCUCUACUAACUAUGAUUAAGUUCAUAUUUUGCUUUAUUGUACCUUGAAUAAUUUUAUACACAAUGUCCUUUCUCCUGACAGCCAAGAGCACUGUACGUAUAACAUGUAUCAGUCAAGCCUGUCUUUUGCAGGAGAUAUUUCUUGCACAGUUUGUUUUAGCAAUUUAGUGUACCAGCAACAUUGUAAAGUUUGGAUAAGUUCAAAACUCAUCAGUUUGUCAUGUAAUUACAAACCCUCUAGUCAGCCUCAGCUCCUUGUUUUCAUUCCACCUUAUCUCAUUUAAAUCAAAUCAGUGCAUUGCAAAUUAAAAAUGAAUAAUAAAAUUGAUAGUACUUCAGUCAAUUCAUUUUUAAAUUAUUAGGGAAGAUCAAUGCUUUUUUUGUAACUGCUUCAAGCAAUUAAUUUGAAGGUGUGCCUGAGCAAAGCCCUAAGUAUAUUCUGAUAAACUGUAUAAUUCUCAUUUCACUAUGCCUGGUAUGUGCUUAUAAAGCAAAUUAGGAAUAAUUUAAAGUUUGAUCAAGAGUCAUCAAGGGCCUAAUAACUUACAUGUUCUUUGUCGAUAUGAGAGGGAUAGUCAGCUCUAUCAAAACAGGAACAUCUUUGAGAUAUGACAGACCUAAUAAUUUUAGAAAGAUACUUUCCUUCAUAAAUUUUUUUUAUCUGUUUUUUCACCUUUGUAUUUAUGUAGGUAAAGCUACUGAAUGUAUUUUUAAUUGUUUUUCUUUAUUCUAUUUAUCAUUAUUUUUUUGUUGUUAUUUUUUUUUUAGUUAGCUUGAAUGCUCUUCAAAAAUUUUUGCAAAGCUUACAAAUAUCUGCUGGCACUGGAGUUAAGAACGGAGAAGCUAAUGAAGAGGAGAAGGAAAAACCAGUACAGUUAUUAGAUGCAGUAACAUUUGAGGGUAUCGCAAAAUUCAUCAGGAGUGGCCGCUGUGAGUUCAUAUUCUGACAAUAUUGUUAUUGACAUGUUUUUCAUUUUGCAAAUUUAUACAAAAGAUUUUAACAAAUGUAGUGAUCAAGAACUUGUUUAUACAUUAAUUUUUGGGGGGAACAAUAGAUGGUACUACCUUUCCAAGAGGUGUCAUUUUAAAAGUGACAUUAUUUUGUUAUUGAAUUUUAUACACAGACUCAGAGGUUAGAAUGAACGAACGAACGAACGAACGAACGAACGAACGAACGAACGAACGAACGAACGAACGAACGAACGAACGAACGAACGAACGAACGAACGAACAACUUUAUUAAUGUGUCAAUCUUCUAGCUGGCUAGACGUAGCCUACUAAUCGGGGAAACCAAAAAUUGUCUGCAUUGUACGUUUUUAUAUGGUGAAAUACUGAGAGGUUUUGGUGGUUGUUGUUUUGUAGGCUCCAAAAUCAUUGUCAUGACUGGUGCAGGGAUAUCUACAGCAGCUGGUAUUCCUGAUUUUAGAUCCCCUGGCACAGGCCUCUAUGAUAAUCUUCAAAAAUAUGACUUACCCACUCCUCAGGCGGUGUUUGAGAUCAAUUUUUUUAGGGUAGGCUGUAGCACUAACAGUGUUGAAAAUUAAAUAUGUGAUGUACUAGCAAUUAGUUUAAUGCAGUUAAACCAGCCAUCACUGAGCACCUGAAAUGCCAAAAAUUGGUAGUCAUUAAUAGGAAACAUAAUGCUAAUGAGCAGUUCAAAUUAUUGUGGUUUCACUGAGUAAUUGAUUUUGGUAUUUGAGACAUACAGCUGUGCGUGUAUUAAAUAGGUGUCCAUUAUGGCGAAAAGUAACACAGCGUAUGGAAGUUUAGCAGCUGUAUUAUAGGAUUCAUAAAUUAUUUUAUGCUAUUUGGUUAAGGUUCCUAUUUUAACCUGAUCAUGGUCACACUUUAAUAUCAUUUUAUUGUAUCUUUAUUUUGCCAAGCUGUGGAUCUUUCUUACUCUGCUGUCUGAAGAAAAUAAUAUUAAUUGUAACUUAUAUGCAAGAUUGACACUAAAGCUUGGGAAAGAACUUAGCCUUUAGUCAACCAUAAUACUCACUAGCUUGAUCAAAGUCUAAUAUUCGACAAAGUUGACUCAGUCUGUCAUUCAUUUUUUAGUCCAACCCCGCACCUUUCUUUACACUGGCCAAGGAGCUUUAUCCUGGAAAAUUUCGGGUAAGAAUAAUUAUGAUAUUGAGAAAACACAGACUGAUAUUAUCACAGCAUCUUUGUUGUUUGUUUUUAGCCACCAGAUCAUCUUCAACUGUUUAUAUUAUACACCAUUAAUUUUUGCAAUCUACAGUAUGUAGAGCGAUCAUUCAGACACCAUACAUUGUUUAAUUUGCAGCUAACUAAUGGAAAAACUGAACCACAUUGCUUAAUUGAAAGAAAACUUUCAACCAAACCAAAAUUAAUGUUCCAUUCAACUCAAUCAGAAUUUUGAUAACUUAAGACAUUGAGCGGGACUGGACACAAGUAUUUUGUUUAAAUGUAACAGUGGUAACGUGGUGUGCACAUUAUUAGUUGCCCCAUGAAUGUUCUUGCCACAUGCAUCAACUAACUGUUGUGUUUUGGUUCUAUCUUCAGCCUACAAUUUCUCAUUAUUUCAUCAAGUUAUUAAGUGACAAGGGAUUACUUCAAAGAAAUUACACCCAGGUAGGAUGGUCUUCCUAUAAAGCAUGUUCUUGGAGUUACUUACAAGUAACAUAGUGAUGUCAUGGUCUGUUUUGGGUUACAUGUAUGACUAAUUUACUUCAAUAAUUUAGCCUAGCUUAAAAAGUUUUUGCCACAAAAUCUAACUUGUACAAACAUUUGAGAGAAACCUGCAAUAAUUGUAAGCACCGGUAAUGGUAAAAGCUAAAAAAUUUUCACAAAUCUGCGGAGCUCUGCAAUUUGUAAUACCAAAGUGAAAAUUAUGAAAUUAGUACAGAUCAGAUCAGGUUUAUUUUUCAUUGCAGUUUUCAGCUGCAUAGCAUUUGUGACUAAUUAUCUUUUUUCUUGUCUUGACCCUUACUCCACUAAAGAAGCUUUUAUUUGCCAACCUCUUCAUUUCUUCCCUCUUCAUCAACCUCUUUAGUUAGUUCAUAGGUUGUCAAGUCUGGACCCUGUACCCUGUGAAAGUCAAUGCAUAAUUUGUUUGAUACAGCAGCUUGAUCUUAAUAAGGCGUAUAAGAGGUGUAUACAUGUGUAGCGCUCCCUGACGUUAGCAAGUGGGACGUUAGUCAUUAAACCAACAUGUAGGUGAAACAACCAGCCACUGAACCUGGGUCACAUCAAUGGGUGCAAGUGAUUUCACCUCUGGACCAUUCUCGCCCUCCAAACUGCAUGCACUGACGUAUUGAUUAUAACUUUGUUAGAAUAUCGACACUCUUGAGCGUGUGGCUGGCAUCCCACAGGAGAAGAUUAUUGAAGCCCAUGGUUCAUUUCAUACAGCACAUUGCGUAGGCUGUCAAAAGGAGUAUCCACAUGAAUGGAUUAGGGGUAAGGAUAGGUUUCAUACAUCAGUUUUGAGAGGUUUUGAUACUAUUGUAUUAAACAAGGCUGCAAAUAAAAUGUUGUUAAUCAAUGAAUGAUGGCUGCCCAAUUUUUAUUUAUAUCCACACAUCAACAUGAUAUUAUUAUUUGCAGCCCUGGUAUCAUUAAAAACGUUUAACUAAUAGCCUGAGGCCAGACUCCUUGGUGGAAAAAAAAACCCGCUUGGUUCGCCUCUUUACUUCCCUAAGGAGAUUUGUCCCAGGCUAUGUACUAACUUCUCUGUGUCUGGAUAUGGUGCUCAGAUGUAGGGCGUAUGUAGCAGGCCCUGGUUUGAUUUUUAGGGCGAAGGAAGAAAUCUUCCCCGUGCGCGGCCUUUAAAAAAAAAUAAUCGGCGCCUGUUACGCAGGCUUUAAGUUGUGCUUCUUGGCAGCACUGAGGGACUACAACAUGAAUUUCUCCCUUCUGAGAAUUUAUCGUGGAUAUAAAGACAUGUCAACAAACGAUUUUGGAUUUGGUACUGGUCCCUAAGAAUUCAGCUCCUGGAAUAUUCUCCUUAAUGACAUUUAAAAAAAUAAGCGAGUUGGGUUAUUAGCUUUUAGUGUUAAAAGAAUGAUAAUAAUAAUAUACACCAUAUGUGUCCUAAAAUGAUGAUUAUUAUUAUUUUCUUUCAGAUGAAGUGUUUGCAGACAGGAUUCCCUAUUGCUCUAAGUGUGAAGGAGUUGUCAAACCUGGUGAGUUUGCAAACACUUCUCAAGUUGGUGGAAUAAAAGCUCAGUUUAUAGUGACACUCAUACCCUAAAAUGUUUUAUCCACCAUAAUUGGUCAGGUUACUUUUGAUCUGUCAGAGUUUACUGUGAAUGCUAUGCGUGCUGUGAGUGGUCAUUGCUCCUUAUUAGUCCAGAGUCCAGACACAUGAUGACGUGUUGUGAAAGUUGUUUUCUUUGCCUUGUCUAACAUGGCAUAAAGGUUUGUAAAAGGGUUGCGAGCUUUUUUUGAAUUCUAUUGGAGAAAGCUUCGAAAAAAACAUGGACAGGAGCUGCUAUAGUAAAAAAAAUAGAAAAUAGUCUUGCCCAACAUGGUGCGCACUUCUAAAAAUGGUUGCGAGCUUAUUUCAGAUUCAGUUCGAGAAAGCAUUGAAAAAACGUUUACAGGAGCUGACAACUGAAGUGAUGGCAGAGGCUAUUAACUGGUCAAGAAAAGGAAGAAAACCUAGACAAAAAGUGGUCUUGGUGACUUGGAAAAUGUCUUAUAACUUAAUAAGAUUCUUCGAAGAGUUGAGCACUGUGUGUCAAGUUUCUACCUUUUCUCUUCUGCAAUUUGUCGUAUACACUGCACGUCUGUUCAGGACGUCAAAAUGUGGGAAAAUACUUAUCACUGAUGCAUUUGCCUGUGUCUUCUUGGCCCAUUUUUUUGUUCUUGCCAUUAUUCAGGAUUAUUGUAACGUUUUGUUAUGUGUUACUGUAAUGUGCUAGAAUGCACUCUUUGACAGCACAGAUUUUUAUCCCAUGAAAAGGUUGCAAGCAAGAAAGUUCACUGUAAGGCUUUUAUAAAUUAGUCAAAUUUGAUGCGUAACAUAAUUAUGUAUUUUAUCUUUGCAGACAUUGUGUUUUUUGGUGAGUCCUUACCAGAACGCUUUCACAAGCAUGUUACAAAGGUUAAUGGCUAUAUUCAGUAUAUAUAAACAAUUCAUGUGUUGUAUAGAAUCAGUCUCUAAUCUGAGCUUUCCUUGUUAGGUUCACUCCCGGGGGGGGUACUCGCAGAAAAAUUGGGUAGGGGUGUGCGGCCCGCGUCCCAAAACCCUUACCCUAUUUAUGACCAAAAUCUGCGAUUUUCCCUACCCUAUUUAUGACCUAACAAAAAAUUUGAUACCCUAUUUAUGACCUGACCCUUAAAUCAAUACCCUGUUUCAGACCUGCCUUAUAAUUAUUUCCCUAGUUCAGACCAAUGUUAAAGGCAAUGUUUAUCUGCUUUUAUUAGGUUAGGGGGACAUGAUAAGGAAAUAGCUUCUUCUAAAAAAGUGCAUUCAAGACUACAGUGCAAAAAUCGUUACCCUAUUUAUGACCAAAAUGGCGGCAAAAUAGCCAAAAUCGAUACCCAAUUUAUGACCAAAACGGCUGAAAAACCCUACCCUUUGGGGCCGCACAUACCUAUAUAGCCCAUAUUAGGGAGUACCCCCCCCCCCCGGGGGUUCACUAUGAUAGUAGAGAUGUUUCUGCAAAUCCAGGAAAUCAAUGAUGAUUUAUUUGGAAGUUCACAUUUCACAUAUCAAAUUCCCCACUCAAAACAUUGUCGUUCGUGACAUAACGUACAAGCUUUCAACAAAUCAACGUCUCUAGUACUGCACAAGUGAAAAAAAUUUAGUCAUAAACACUUUAACAGUAAUAUCUUCGCAUUAUCAAGGAUGAGAAAGGUUUAGGUAAGUCUCGAUUGUGGACGAACGAAGAAACAUUUUUGUUUCGGCUAGAUUUGAACGCACGACUUCCCACAAACACCGCCGUUGGCGCUGUCGACUGAGAGAGAGACUGCGGAGACUAAUCCUUAUUUACUAUGCGCCCAUGUGACAGGCCUGCCCCAUACUGUGGUUAUCAGCAGUGUCUAGUGCAUCGUGUGUGGUGACAAAUAAUGACAGAUGAUAAAUGUCAUGAUUGCUGAUUCAUAUACAUCGUGACUUAUUAGGGUAUAUAUAGGGAGGCCUUCGACAUUGGCUCAAUUAAUAUGACUUACACAUGUAUGACCUCGCUUCCUUUACAGGAUAUGUCGAAAUGUGACCUUUUGAUUGUGAUGGGUACUUCUUUAGUUGUGCAGCCAUUUGCUUCACUUGUAGACAGGUGAGAUAAUGCGAUAACCGAAUUUAUAAACAAGUAUUACUGCCAAAUUAGGUUUCUCCUUCUUUCAUGUGUUAUCAACAAAAACGAUGUUUCACAUGAUAUUCAAGAGGAAAGUUGCAUCCAAUUCAAGGAGCUCCAUCAAGUUUUACGUUUACACAGUAGACACCUGGCUCCGGUUGUUUAAACGUUGGAUAGCACUAUCUGCUGGGUAAAUUACGAUCCAGCGGAUAACUAUUAGGGAAACCAAUUAAUGCGUUGACCACUGGAUAGUGAUUUAUCCAGUGGAUAGCGUUAUCCACCUUUUGAACAACUGGGGGCUGUUUCAAUACGUUUAGGCCUUAGGCCCUCCGUCAUCGCAACUCUGGAUGGACGCUCCACAAGUUUAAGCUAAUUGUCUUGUCCUCGUCUUGACAACAUGCAUGCAGAUGCUUCUUGCAGAAAGCAAGUAUCCCUUCGUUUUUUGUAACAUAGUACAUAAUAAUAGUAAUAAUUUAUUAAUUUGCUCUGGCGCCUUUUAAUAUAUAAAUGACCAAAAGCGCUUUACAUUCUCUAGAUACUAGAUAAAUUUAUAAAAUGAAUGCAUGAUAGAUGAAACCGAUAAAGAGGAAAAAUGCUAAUAAAAAUGCAUAGAUAAAAUGAAAAGAAAAUUAAAUAUAUUUAAACUACGUAAAAGCUUAUCCAAAAAAAUGUGUCUUGACUCAUGUCUCUUAAAAGCGCCCAGUAAUUCUCUUCGCGGAUAUGCGCGGGAAGGCUUUUCCACGAUGCAGUGGCGGCAGCGGAAUAAUAAUAUGUAAUAAAGAUAUAAAAAUUCAUGUCACGCGCUCUUGUAUCUGUAUGCAGAGUUCCAGAGACAACUCCGAGACUGUUGAUAAAUAAAGAGAAAAGUGGACAGCAGGUACGAUUGAAUUUGUUGUUAGGCAACGCUCUCAAAGUUUCCGGUUCGUUCCAUAUUAUUAUUAAUUUUUUUUUUGCGGUUUAUCAACCUGCCAUUUGCGAUCCUUAUGAAGAUCUUCAACCAACUUGCUUCUUAUGUUUUUUUGUCAGUAACUUGGUAAGUCGUAAUUUUUUUCUGUAUUUAUUGUUUGUAUCUGUAUAUUAGAUUGAUUGCUUGAUUGAUUGUUACUCGUGUUUCAAUUUCAGGUAGAUUUUUUCACCCUUUUAAUGGGAGGGAAGAGUGGAUUUCAAUUUGACAGUGAGGACAAUUAUAGGUAAGAUAAAAACGCAGUUACCAUUCAAGUGAACAAAAAUGGUUUUGUAAUUAAGUGGAAAUUAUGGUCCCUCUUAGAUCUUUCCUCUUUAGUUUUUCCCGCUCACAUCUCUCCACGCCGUCCCCACAAUCUGAACGCCAGGGGCUCGAAGAGCCCGCCCGCCACCUCCCUUAUUUUUAGACCAAACUGCGGCCCGAAGGGCGGAAAAAACUUUUUUAGGAGAACACCCCCCCCCCCCCAUAUCUCAAGGUCUGUGUCCGUGACUGGCUUGUGAGAGUGUAACUAUGCUGUAUGUUUGGUUUGUUGUAGAGACGUAAUGUGGCAGGGUACUACUGAUGAUGGCUGUGUUGCUCUGGCUGAUUUACUGGGCUGGAAGGUUUGUCAUUAUCAAAUAAACACGUCCCCCUUACGCCCGGUUGCACAAAGCAACUUAACAUUGGAUUGGAGUUUGUAGCCUUUUCUUUCGAUUGGGUUUUUUGUAUUCGGUUGGUGUUUCCUAUCCUCUUGUAGAAAAGGGAGUUGUUGUAUGAAAUUCGCACUUAAUCUUGAGUUGUUUAAACCUACCCGGCCCUUGGACCCUAGCUUGUUGCUUUUAAUCCCUUUUUCUCGGAUAGCUUUUGCGGCUAUGUCACCCACGGAGGCCCAGAGAAGGUCAGUCGUGGAGCAAACAACGGCGACGUUCUUCCUCCGGUUCCUUCAAACUUUCUACGCCGUUUGUUCCUCGCCCCGACUGACCGCCCCUUGGAACAGUUCCGAGGAUUGGAUGAAGCUAAGUAAAUUUGGAGGCAAUUUUUGCGAACGUAACGUUUUUCUUUCGCUAUGCUGACUAAGUUGUGAAGCGAGAGUUUUAAAUUUGUUUCCUCUCGUCAUGACGUUCACGCUACUCAUAAAGGGAAUUUUUUAAUUUUUUUUUCCGCCAAAGGAAAAACGCUUCACUUACAUAGACACGCUUGCUACACUGGUCAGUACUCUUCUCAGUCAUGUUACCUUGGAUAUGCUGUUUAUUUUUGUCCGUUGAUUGAUACAGGACGAGCUUUUGAAGCUUGUGAAAACGGCACACAAAAUGAUCGACAGCGCCUCAAGGACACCAGAAUCGAGGGACGCCAAUGGUAAGGUUAUUUACUGUAUGUCCUUAACUGUUACCGCUGGGAGCCAGCCUAAGGUACUUAGGGUAUGCCAAAACGUGUUCAGCCUCGGCUUUUAUAGCCAGAUUUUAGGUUGCGGGUGUCAAGGUUUCAUUUUCCAUUUCUUACUUUUUAAUAAGAAAUCACUCCCCUAAAAUGACAGUGAUCUCCUCCCCCCGCCCCCACUAAUUUCUUCUAAGCCCCUCCCAAUUUGAACUGCUUGGUAAGGUUUCUUUUGGUAACUUAAAAUUCUGAUUUGGUCUUAGAUCAACACACAACAGCUAAAACGUCAGUUAGCAAAGACAGUGUGGAAAAACAAAGCACUACGGCGGAAAACGCAGCAUCACCAAAGAGAACUCUACCAAAGAGCAAAUCACCAGCGGGUACCUCAUCAAAUGAGCGCACCUCAAAGGGUUCCACACCAAAGGGGGCUUCUGGAAAGAGCACUUCACCAGCGGGUCCCUCGGUAAAAGGGUCUAAGUCAAAGAAGAGUCCUUGAAAGAUGGUCCAUCAACCAAAGGAUACCCGAUGAAUGACAUGUUUUCAAAGCUAUCUUCCACUACGAAUUCUCUAACAAAGGAUGACAACGAGGACUCUCAAGAGUGAUAUUUUAAUUCUACCCCAUGAUGCUUGGACCAACGUCGAUUUUUUUUAUUAUCGAGAAGACCUCUAUUUAUCGUCCGGUUAUAACGGUCAUUACGUUGUUUUUGAGUCAUAAGAUUUAUUUCGACGUAAAACUGACCAGUAAAUGAGCUAAAUAGGUAGACAAAUUUCUCUACCUGAACCCGGGAACCUUAGGAACGAGGAUUUAAAAUCUGUUCUCUACUGUAUUCGAAUAAGAUUAAAUUUAGAAACACAUUUAGGUCAAAAUAAAAUUAACAAAUAAAGUAAAACACGUAGUUUCGGUUUGGGUACAUUACCUUCAAAUUUUUGUGUUUUACUUUUUUCGCUGAUUUUUUUUCCUGUAAGAGACUUUUCUGUAAGUCCCUUUGCUUCUCAUUUUCGGGUCCAGUAGUGGACCUGAGCAAAAAGGACGCUCGCUUUUGCCACAGAAAACAUGAGCUCAACUUGUGCGCAAGGGUGAGACCAAGUUCACACGGCACUGGACGAAUUUUCGACCAGUUAAAACUUCGUGCGUUGAGGAGUUCUGUUCAAACAGAGCCACCUUAACCUUGUGAAAAUUUAGACGCUUAGCUGGUCAAAAAUCGAGGUGUAAUUCAGCCGGGGUAAGGUUGAAAAUUCAUCCGGUGCCUUGCGCAAUAGAAGAAAAAGUAUAAAAUUCUGUUAAUGGACAACUACAUAACCUAGAGUACAUUGUUUCGUGACAAUAUGACCUAAUAUGAUCUGAGUUUUUGAAAUUGCAGACACUUUAAGAAGAGUGGUGGUCUUUAACAAAGUGCAAUUGUAGUCAACAUUUUCAGUCUACAUCUCACUGCAAACACUAAUCCCGGCUGUUUUUUUUUGUCUGGUUGAGGGGGGAUCUUUCGAAUCUGUACCGGUUAGAUGUGUUGGUGUUACACACUCCACAAGUCCACAAGCAUAAACUGUAAACGACGUUUAUUACAAGUACAAACCGCCCCGGGGGGGAAUCCCCAUAUAAAAGGGGUGGGGAUGCUCGUUGUCUCCCUAAGGGGUAUAAAUUUCGGAUUUUGGUCUCACUUAGGGCGCUCUGGGCAAAACGCCAUCAUAUUUAGCCGUGAAGGUCUCGUUUAGGGUUGCACGUGAAAAAGUAUUAAAAUAUUUAUAUAUUGUCUGUGUUUUAACAUGAUCUCUUUUUAGGGUCAAAAAAAGCUUGGGCCACGCCCAAAUCGGUCUCCUUUAGGGGUUUAAUUCAAAAUUUCCGACGAGCAUCCCCACUGCUUUCAUAUGCGGUCCCCCCCUCCGGGGAAACCGCGCACUGUUCGAUUACAUCAGCCACUAGCACAUGGUUCGCCCUCGCUCUUCCCUGCAUUCCUCACGGUAUAGACAUACUCGAUCGCGUCACGCACCACUCACUUGCGUGUCACUCACUCGUCAUUGAGCCUAUUUAGGAUGAUGAAGUAGGUAGGACUUUUCAAAAAUUUGUUCCAAUUGUGUUUAUGUCUGUAAGUAGUAUAGAGUGGGUUUCUAAACAUGUAAAACUUUUCAAGUGUGUAGGAAUAGUCAUUAAUGAAAAUAUCAGCUUAGUUCUGACACAGUCAGUGUUGCUUGCUUUUUUUCCCUAUCCCAGGGAAGUAACAAUGGAGAUUGAGCUGA